AUCGACCCUAUUAGUUUGCCUGCCAAUAAAUGCCAGCUGAAAUAGGGACCAUUAUUUUUUAACUUUUGUAAAAUACUAAUGGAAAUGGACAAGAAGAAUGAUUGCAGAGUGAUAAUCCUUGCUAUACAACCCAAAAAAUAAUCUGAUUUUGAAACUGAAAUUUUAUAUCUCAGAAAAGAUGUGAUUGGACUUUCCCAAACGGGUUCUGGUAAAACUGGAGCUUUUGUCCUUCCUAUAUUGCACGCCUUCUUAGAAGCACCACAACCGCACCUAAACAAUUUCUUUGCUUGUAUAAUGUCUCCCACAAGGGAGCUUGCCAUUCAGAUUUCUGACCAGAUUAAAGUUCUAGGUUCUGAAAUUGGUGUCAAGUGUGCUGUGCUUGUUGGAGGGACUGACAUUGUACAACAAUCCAUUGAGAUAGCAAAGCGACCUCAUAUUAUUGUUGGGACGCCUGGGCAAGUCUUGGAUCACCUAAAAGAAACCAAAGGAUUUUCUCUUGGUAGAUUAAAAUUCUUGGUCUUAGAUGAGGCAGACAGGCUGUUGAAUGAGGACUUUGAAACACAACUUAAUGAGAUUUUAGAAUUUAUUCCUAGUAAGCGGAGAACAUUUCUUUUUUCAGCUACGAUGACAAAGAAGGUCCGUAAGAUCCAAAGGAUGUGUUUAAGGGAUCCUGUGAAGGUUGAAGUAUCAUCCAAGUACUCUACUGUGGACACACUGAAGGAGCAUUGUUGCUUUGUGCCAGCAAAACAUAAGAAUUGCUACCUCGUAUACAUUCUCAUUGAAAUGACUGGAAGUACGGCAAUGGUAUUCACUCGGACUUGUGAUUCAUCGCGGCUUCUGGCUUCAAUUCUUACGAAACUUGGUUUGAAAGCCAUCGCAAUUAAUGGUAAUAUGAGUCAGUCAAAGAGACUCGAAGCCUUGGAACAGUUCAAGUCUGGGGAGUGCAAAAUUCUCCUUUGUACUGACGUACUUAGUAGAGGACUGGAUAUUCCAGAGGUAGAUGUGGUGAUUAACUACGACAUUCCCACGGAUCCCAAACUUUAUAUACAUCGUGUGGGAAGGACUGCUCGUGCUGGGCGUUCCGGUGUUGCCAUUUCUCUUUUGAACCAGUAUGAAGUGGGGUGGUUCAAAAAGAUAGAAGAACUUAUGGGAGGCAAGAAGGUACCAUUGUAUACUGCACAAGAAGAGGAAGUUUUGCUUUUGAAAGAGCGCGUUAGUGAAGCCAAAAGAUCAGCAGAAAAGGAAAUUAAGGAAUCCUAUGAGAAGAAGAAAAGGAGGGGAGAAGGAGAUUUAAGUGAGGAUGAGGAGGAUACUGACAAGUACUUAGGUCUCCUUUCAUCAAAAAUAAAUAAGUCAGCAAAAAGAAAAAAGACAAUGGCCGGCACCGGUAAGAUAGAUAACAAAAGGAGAUUUAAGUAAUGUAUAUUUUUUCUUAAACUUGUAUUUUUUUUUUUUUCCAUUAAGUUUUCUUGUUGUAAAAUUUUAACAAUAUAUAAAUAUCCUAGAAAUUUUAUUCUUAAUAUUUAUUACAAGCAAAAUGUUCAGAUAGUAUUGUUUGACCUUGACAGGUAAAUGUUUCAAAUUAGGUUUUGAUUACCUCUUUCUUAGGUUAUACUAUGUCUGCCCCUUUAAUAAA